AUGUUCGUGGGCUACGUGCUUCGCGACGGCGAGGGCAACUUCGCCGACUGUGCCUUUCGCCUAACCCAGGUCGUCGCCGUCGCGCCGAAAACCGGCGAUUUCGUCGUGCGCCUCUACGUGCGAAGCGGCGGCAGCGGGAACCCCGCGCUCCUCUGCAGCCUGACGCGUGCACGGCCACAAGCCAAGCUCGACCUGAUCGUGCCGAGCGACGCCUGCGUCGCGUGCGAAAUGAGCGGCGCCGCCCGCGGUGCACCUCGUCGGCUACCGGCGGCGCAGCCGCGCGGCAGCGGCGCGCUCGACGAGUGGGAGGAGGCCGAGGCGGGCUCGGACGAGUCGGACGGCUCGGAGGAGGGAGGGGAGGAGGAGGCGGAGGAGGAGGAGAGCGACGCGCGCGAGGAGAGCGGGAGCGGGGAGGAGGAGGCGGAGGAGGAGGCGGCGGCGGAGGCGGAGGCGGAGGAGGCGGAGGAGGAGAGCGAGGAGGACGAUGAGAGCUACGAGGAGGGCGAGGAGGAGAGCGGGGAGGAGGAGAGUGAGGAGGAGGGCGAGGAGGAGGAUGGGAGUGAGGCGGGGAGCGGGGAGGAGGAUGAGGCGGAUAAGGAGGCGAGGCUGCAGCCUGCUGCUGUCUUCACAGCUCACGGCGGAGUUGCUGUGACGGUGGCGGAGUACGUGCCACGGAGGGUCGGCAUCUCGCCCGCCCGCGGCACCGUGCCGCUCACUGCGAUGGAGCGGCGGGCCGCGGGCAGGAGUUGCGGCAAGGAGGGCCCGCUCUACCCGAUCGAGCCGGCCCAGCCUCUGCCGCUCAAGUCGCCCACGCGCGGUGUCGCGCGCGCCGUGCCCGCGCACUCUCCCAAGGCGGCGGGUGGGGCGCGGAAGAACGGCGCGGCGGGCGGCGGCGGAGGGGCGGCUGCAGAGGCCCUCUCCGCGCUCGCCCCGGACCUCGCCGCCGACAGCGCGCUCAGUGGGCGGGCGAAGCUGACGGCGGUGCUGGCGGUGGACGACUUUUACUUUGGCGCGCUGUACGCUGAGCUCACCCGCGACGGAAGCGGCGCCAGCACCUUCAGCAACGCUGAGGCGUGGGCCGCGGGGGGCGGGUGGACGGGACGCGCGGUGGCGGCCCACGUCGCAUUGCUCGCUGCCUCGCUCUCUUCGGCCGCAAAGCCUGCGGCGCCCAACCCGCUCUACGAGCUCUGGAGGCUGCGCUGGGCAGAGGCGGCGACGCUGCUGCACGGCGGCGGCCUCGCCUCCGCGGCACAGUAUGCAAAGGCCAGGCCGGCCGGCCGCGCGGCGAGGGACAAGGAGCCGCCCGCGCCGCCGCUCGUGCGGCGCUGGAGGAGGGGGGAGCGAGAGUGGCCCUGCUGGUUGCUCGCGUUUGCAGUGCCGUCGGCGGAGGCGCUGGCCGCGGUGAGUGAGCUCGGGCUGCCUGUCGUGGAGAUGGGGGGCGGGGUGGGCUACUGGGCCGCGCUGCUCCGCCGGCGCGGCGGAGCGGUGAAGCGAGGCGUGGCUGUCGAGUGUUUCGACAGCGCGCCGACGGAGGCGGGCGGCAAGGGCGGCAAGGGCGGCGAGAGCGGCAACACGUUCCAUGGCGAGUGCCCGCCGUGGGGUCCGGUGCAGCGCGGCUCGAGCGCUCUGCUGGCGAGCCGACGCUUCCGGCGGCACGCCCUGCUGCUGUGCUACCCUCCUCCUCGGGCGCCGAUGGCGGCAGAGUGCCUCGCCGCUUUCUGCGGCGACACGGUGGUGCACGUGGGCGAGUGGUUGGGCGACACGGGCAGCGCGGCCUUCGAGGCUGCGCUCGCCGAGGGGUGGGAGCUGACCCGGAGGCUCCCCCUCCCCUGCUGGGGCGACACGGCCGAGGACCUCACCAUCUGGCGGCGGCGCGGCGGCGGCGUUCCGCGGGGCGGCGGCGGCGCGGCUGACCACCCUGUCCUUCGCUGCGACAGCUGCGGCAAGGCGGGCUCGCUGCAGCCCGCCACUGUGCGAGACAAGCCGGGGCUUCUCCGCCGCUGCCGCUACUGCCGCCUCGCCUGCUACUGCUCCGCCGCUUGCGCGCGGCGGGGCGACGCCGAGCACAAGAAGUGCCAUGCGGUGCGGAUGAUCGGCGCGCCGCCGCCCGCCGACUUUGGCGGCCCAGAGUACCACACUUGCUGCGUCUGAGCUGCGCGAGUGGCAGUCCGCAGCAGAGUGCGCUCUGGCCUGGCCUCGGGCGGCAGGCGGCUGGGGGUGGUGAGGACGCUCUCGUAUCUGGCUCUUCCAGGCGGCACAGCACCGGCGCCGCGACACGUGCAUGUGCAUGAAUCGAAACCGACUCGAUGUCUCUCUCUCGUCAGACUGUCUC